GACACCAAAAGAAGAAAAAACAGAGGACGGCGCCGUCAAAGGCCAACACGCGUGACGAGCCCUUAGAAGAAAAUUAAAAAGGAGCCAAAAAGCCAGAAUACGAAACCUUGGCUUGCCCAUUGACAUACGUGACGCGUGUGCCAUGCCAGCCUCCAAAGUCCAAACACAACAACAAAGCAGAGAGCGAAGAAAGAUACCCACUUCUCAUUUUCUCAUUUUCAGAAUCACAACACAAAGACCGACCCUUUUUUCUUUUUGAAAGAGAGAGAAAGAGAGAGCUGUUUGGUUUGGAUUGCCAGAAACAUGAACCAGAAGGCAAACGUUUCUAAAGAGCUUAAUGCCAGACACAGAAAGAUAUUGGAGGGUCUUCUUAAACAACCAGGGAACAGAGAAUGUGCAGACUGCAAAACCAAAGCUCCACGAUGGGCUAGUGUGAAUCUUGGGAUCUUCAUAUGCAUGCAAUGUUCGGGGAUCCACAGGAGUCUUGGGGUACAUAUAUCAAAGGUGAGAUCUGCCACAUUGGACACAUGGCUUCCAGAGCAGGUUGCAUUUAUCCAAUCUAUGGGAAACGAGAAAUCAAAUAGUUUUUGGGAAGCAGAGUUGCCUCCUAAUUAUGACAGAGUUGGAAUUGAAAAUUUCAUUCGUGCAAAGUAUGAACACAAGAAAUGGGUUCCUAGGGAUGGAAAAGCAAAAUCACCUCCAAGGGUGAAUGAAGAGAAGAAUUCCGUUUAUAGAGCGAGACCUGAAACUAGUAGUCCACAUGGCCAUGUGAAAGAGACGGAACGAUUUUCUGAAGAGCAGAAAGGUGCUCAUCCACCCAGUGCACGUAACAGGGCACCUCAGCAGGUCAACCAUGAUUCAAAACCACACCAACUUGAGCAAAAAUCAAAACCAGAAGCAGCCUUGAAAGCUGAACCUGCAGCAAGUCAAGCACCUAGUGUUGCCACGGUUUCCCUACCAGUUAAAGUGGAUUAUGCUACUCAUCUGUUCAAUUUGCUCUCUGUGGAAGAAUCUAGAGGAAAUGACUAUGUGAUAUCUGCCAAUAAGAAUACAUUGGCUGGUCUCCAUGCAGAUGAAACAAAAUUGACCGAAGAGAAAAGUAAAAGAGCAAAAUCAUCUGAGAGCAAGAUUCAGCCAAAAUAUGGUUAUGGUAUUGAGGAUUUAUUUAUAGAUUCAACCCCAGUCACACAACCCUUUUCAAUGAAACCCCAGAAUGACGUUAUGAACUUACUUGAGAAGUCCAGUAUGGCUUCUCCAUCCAUGCAUCAACAGCAACUUGCAGUUCUAUCUCAACAACAGUCGUCACUCAUGUCUUCUGCAGCGAAAUCUAGCGCACCGCAUUCAGUUCCUGCAAACCUACAACCUGGAUCCCAUGCCAUCCACUUGCCAACUCGAAAUGGGCAAAGCAUUGGCCGCCAAGUUCCUGGAAACCUGGUGCCUGCUCAUCCUCCUCCACAACAUUAUACUCGGGUUGUGCUUAUGAAAAAGGUUACAACUAGAAUUUUUCCAUUUCAUGUUCCGUCUCUUAUCUUUUUUAUCAUCUUUUUUUCUGUACAGAUUGGAAACAGCGGUCCUACACGCCCGGUAGGGAAUGCAUUUCCUUUCCCAACAUCAAGCAUGUACGCGACAAGGCCAGUAACUUCAGUGAAUGGUGUCACAAACCUUAGAGCUACCGGAUUUUCAACAGCGUCACCGAUAUCUUCCAUCCCUCCCACUAAGUCAGGAAGGGAUUUUGAUUUCUCAUCAUUAACUCAAGGAUUGUUUACUAAACGAUGAGCAAUUGCUCAUUUUAACCGCAGCAUUACCUAGUUGGUUCUUUCCUGAGAUGGUGAGUUCAAUUGUAUCAGCAGCUGUGUAUUUCUGAAGUUUAAUUCAUCAUUGAAAGAAAUUAAUAAUACUUAAAAGCAAGGC